CGGUGCAAAUUACUAGUCACGGGAGAGACUAGUAUUUGAACAGAUCCACCGUUGAUUUCAAGGGUAAUCUAGGCACUUUAUAUUAGAUUUUUUUUCUCUUAGCCCAAGGGCAGUUUAGUCCGAUAAAAAGUUUACUAAUCAACUGAAAGUCCCGACUGAAUCGGCCCCUACACCUGCAUUCACGUCACCCAAGCCCUAAUUGCCGCUCUCUCGCCGCCGCCUGCCGCUGCCGCGCCGUCCGCCUCGGGAUCCUUCCUGCCCGUCUGUUCCGGCCACCGCAGCCCACUCGUCGCUCUCGCCGCCAUUUGUUGCUGCCGCGCCGUCCGCCUCCGAUCCUUCCUGCCCGUCCGUUUCGUCCGCCGCAGCCGACCCGUGGCUCUCGCCGCCGCUUGCGGCUGCCGUGCCUUCCACGUCCGGAACCUUCCUGCCCGUCCGUUCCGUCUGCCUCUAACAGGAGCUGUGGCCGCCACUUGCCGCUGCACUACCGCCGGCUAAUCAGCUGUCACCGUUGGCUCCGCCUGUUCAUCCGUCUCUACCACUGCUGGUCGGCCUGCAGAAAGUUACACAACAUGGAUGCUCACCACGUCAGCAUAGAGGAAAUUGAAGAAUAUUACACGGUGGUUAGUCAAACAUUCACAAGCGAGGAACAAGGUUUCGAGUUCUAUAAUAGAUAUGCUAAAGCCAAAGGGUUCAGCGUGAGGAAGGCCAAUGUGAAAAACAAGGGAGGCAUAAGAAUCCAAAGGUUGUACAUGUGCAGCAAAGAAGGAUAUAGGUCCUUGAAAAACUUUGAAAGGUCCAACCGGAAAAGGAAACCAAGGGCACUCUCUCGUUGUGGAUUUGACGCUCGACUGCAAAUCGAGCUCAAUAUGGAAAGCCGUGAAUGAUUUGUCAAGGACUUUGUGGACCAGCAUAACCAUGAAUUCACUAAGCCUGACCAGACACCUUUCUUAUGGUCUCAUCGUGGACUUAAUGAUCCUCAAAAGGCUGAUGCCAUUGAGUAUGGUAUUGGUGGUCUACGCACACAUCAGAUAAUGGACGUAAUGGAGAAGCAGCAUGGUGGGUAUGACAAAGUCGGCUGUGUGUCUCGGGACCUAUAUAAUUUUAUUGCUGAGUACAAGAAGCAAAGGAUUGAAGGUUUUGAUGCCCAAUACAUGCUGAACUAUAUGGCUGCGCAGGAAGAGAGAGAUUCUGAAUUCUUUUACAGGUACAGCACAGACAGCGAAGGCCAUCUGCAGAACCUAUUUUGGUCAGACGCGCAGUGGCGGUUGGACUAUGAUGCCUUUGGUGGUGUUGUUGUGUUUGACAGCACGUACCGUGUAAACAAAUAUAACUUGCCAUUUGUCCCAUUCAUUGGAUUGAACCACCAUCGCAGCACAGUUGUCUUUGGGGUCGGCAUUGUAUCAGACGAGACCGUGGCAUCAUAUAAGUGGUUGCUCCAUUCAUUUUUGGAGGCGAUGCACCAGAACCAUCCCAGGUCCGUGAUCACUGAUGGGGACCAUGCAAUGGUGAGAGCAAUAUUGCAGGUAUGGCCGAACACAGAUCAUCGGCUGUGUAGCUGGCACAUCGAACAAAAUAUGGUACGCUACCUUCGGAACCCGAAGCUCAGCGACUUUAGAAAAUUGAAUUACCGUGCUUUCGAGGUUGAUGAGUUUGAGAGAGGUUGGCUCCAGUUCAACAAACACUAUGGGAUAACGGAAAAAGACACGUGGAUCUGCAGGAUGUACGAGCUAAGAAAGAAGUGGUCAACAGCCUAUACCAAAGGGAGGUACUUCCUGGGCAUGAGAAGUAAUCAAAGGAGCGAAAGUCUAAAUUCUACGCUUCAUGUGCAGCUGGACAGGAGAAUGAGACUUAUUGAUUUGCUGCAACACCAUGAGCAUUGCAUCUCAGUUAUGCGAAGGAAUGAGGCUGCAAUGGAUGUCGUGGCCUCGCAGACGGUGCCCUUCACUGAAUUAACGGCUGACCCACUGGAGAAAAAUGUGUCAUAUAUCUACACCCCUAUAAUGUUCGAGAAGGUUAAGGGGGAGAUCGUGAGGUUAUCAAAAUGGCAAGUCGAGGAGGUGAACAAGGAAGAUAGUUUGACGAGGUUUGCAGUUGUUCAUAAAGAGCGCAGGCAAGCAAGAUUUGAUGUGAGGUGUGUUUAUGUGGGCUCGGUGAUAGCGAGUGUGCACUGCCAAUGCCGGAAGAUGGAGAGUGAGGAUAUUCCAUGCACACAUAUAUUUGCUAUUCUGAAGUGCGUUGGGUUAGACACCAUUCCUAGUUGUUGUGUUGCUAAAAGAUGGACGAUGAAAGCCAAGCCUGCCUUCGAUUCAGACAGGAGUGCCAGUACGCAGCAAUGGUCAGAACGGAUGGAUCGUUUCCAUGAGCUCCGUAACGAUGCAAGUGUUGCUUUUUUUAAGGCUUCGAAAUCCGCAGUGCAAUCAGAGAGGGUGAUGGCAUUUCUCAACAGUAUUAUUGAUGAGGGUGAGAAUGACGAGAAUACUAACAUAGCAUCAUUUGGUCCUUUGCCGGCAUAUUUUUCUGGGGCACGCCAAACCUUCACAACUAAAGUUUCUUGA